AUGUGGUACCCUUCAAGGAGGAAAGCAAAUGUUGUGCACUGCCAGGGGGGAGGGAAUGUGAUCAAAUCCUCAGGCUUGUCUUCUGUGUUGACAGAAAGAUCAUCAUUGGUUGGCACAGAUCAUGCAGCUGCAACUCUAAUGGAUGCAGGAAGCUUGGUCUUGUCACAAAAUGGGAAAAGUCAGGCAGAGAUUGUAGUGAAGGAUUUGGUACCUUAUGGUGGACCAACAACAUUGAUAGGGUUGGAAGAUGGAAUAGGCAUUGUCAAAUUUCUGAGAGGGAAAAAGUUUUUCAUUACUGGGGCAACUGGUUUUCUAGCCAAAGUUUUUAUUGAGAAGAUUCUAAGGACAGAACCAGAUGUGGGAAAAAUGUACCUUCUGAUCAAGGCAAAGAAUAAGCAAGCUGCUAUGGAUAGAUUGAAAAAUGAAAUCAUAAAUACAGACCUUUUCAGAUGCCUUCAACAAAUCCAUGGAAAAUCGUACCACGCCUUUAUGUUGAGCAAGCUAGUUCCUGUUGUAGGAAAUAUGUGUGAACACAAUCUAGGACUAGAUGAAGAUAUAUCGAAUGUUAUUGAAGAGGAGGUAGACGUCAUUGUAAAUUCUGCUGCUAAUACAACAUUUGAUGAAAGAUAUGACACUGCUAUCAACAUAAACACCAUAGGGCCAUGCCGUCUCAUGAACAUUGCCAAAAAGUGCAAGAAGCUUAAGCUCUUUCUUCAUGUUUCAACAGCAUAUGUCAAUGGACAAAGGCAAGGUAAGAUCAUGGAAAGACCAUUUAGCAUUGGAGAGUGCAUAGCAAAAGAAAAAUCCAUAUCUGAAAUUUCACCAAAAUACCUUCCCACAUUGGACAUUGAAGGAGAAAUAAAUCUGGUUUCAAAUUACAAAGGGGACAAUGAAGACAGCUUACAAGCUCAGAAGAUGAAGGAGAUUGGUCUAGAGAGGGCCAGAAGAUAUGGGUGGCAGGAUACUUAUGUGUUCACAAAGGCAAUGGGAGAAAUGAUGAUUGACAAAUUAAGAGGGGAUAUUCCAGUUGUUGUAAUGCGACCAAGUGUCAUUGAGAGCACUUGCAGUGAACCAUUUCCUGGGUGGAUGGAAGGAAAUAGGAUGAUGGAUCCAAUAGUUCUCUGCUAUGGGAAAGGACAGCUAACAGGUUUCUUGGUAGAUCCAAAUGGAGUACUCGAUGUGGUCCCAGCUGACAUGGUUGUGAAUGCAACCUUAGCAGCAAUGGCAAGGCACGGAGUGACCCAAAAGUCAGAUAUCAAUGUGUACCAAAUUGCUUCAUCAGUGGUGAACCCUCUAGUCUUCCAAGACCUGGCAAAGCUUCUCUAUGAACAUUACAGUUCCUCACCAUGUAUUGAUGCAAAGGGUAGACCAAUUCAAGUCCCACUGAUGAAGUUGUUUAGCUCCACAGAAGAAUUCUCUGGUCACCUGUGGAGAGAUGCAAUCCAGAAAAGAGGCCUCACAGCUAUGGCCUCCUCAGAAGGGAAGAUGACUCAAAAACUUGAAAACAUAUGCAGAAAAUCAGUGGAGCAAGCAAAGUAUUUGGCCAACAUUUAUGAACCAUACACAUUUUAUGGUGGAAGGUUUGAUAACAGUAACACACAAAGAUUGAUGGAAAGCAUGUCUGAAGAAGAAAAGAGGGAAUUUGGCUUUGAUGUAAAAAGCAUUGAUUGGAAAGACUAUAUCACCAAUGUCCAUAUACCUGGCCUUAGGAGACAUGUCAUGAAGGGAAGAGGAAUGAGUAGCCAGUAA